AUGGAUGUUGGAGCAGCUCAAGUGUUAGCAACGGGCCAGCCUGCUGGGGCCGAAAUUGAUGUCAAAUACGCCAUCACUGGGAUUGCUGUGGGCUUCGCCAUAUCGGCCAGCUUCCUGGCCCUGAAGAUCUGCACGAUCAGGAAGCCCUUGUCUGAUAAUGAUUCCUCCGAACAGAGAGGCACUAACGUGGGCUUCAAUGCACCUGCUCAGAUCUAUGCAAACUCUUCGAAUACAGAAAGUGGCACUUUCCCCUCGAUAUGCUUAUUAACCUUGGGGAAUGACUUCUUCCCUUUUUGUCACCAAAGUGGAUGA